AUGGUCGCAAAUGGUUUGUUGUUGCCGUUUGGUCCGUUAGCGGCAAUCUCUCCUGUAGCAGUACCAGAGUCUUGCGUUCACACUGAGAGUCAUUGGCCGCUGACAGAAGCUGCAUCUUGGACUGGCAAGGAGACCGGUGGAACGAAGCCAUCCUUCAAAACUAUCGUCAUCCAUCCUAAGCUUCUCGAAGACAUUGGCGAGGGUAAAAUCUCCCAAUUUCUCCUCCACACGACGAAGGUCCAUAGUGCAGAAAACAGCCAUCAUCCGCCAUGA